UUUAUAGUGUUUGUCUCUUUCUUGGGCAAAAGUCGAUUUGGAGUUUAUGGCCCUUGGUCAAUGAACUCUUGUACACUUUCGCGGCAUUUGUUAAUACGAUAAUGGUAAUGGGUAUACUGGAUGCGGCGUUAGAGAAAUGCAAUCAUACUGGGCAAGUACUGAGAGCGUAUGUGGAUUUGGUGGAAAUGCACGAUGCUGAGUGUUUGAGAAGAGCGCUGGACUCAUUUGCAGCCCAUCUCAGCACUCAUAAGCUUCGUUACAAAGUUUGUGGCCUCUUCGAAUUCAAUAAAGGAUCAUCGUUGCACUUCUUUAUGAUGGUAUUGGUAAAAGUAACGGUACUAGUGCAAUUCGAUAUGCAAAACAAGUUGAAGGCGUAAGAAAACUGUCA